AUGGCUUCGUCUUCGAUCUCGGGUUCUGCAGCUUCACUUAAAACAAUUAAUUUGGCUGCUGUGCCUAUACUCACUGGUGGAAGCAAUUAUAGAAAGUGGAGAAGAGAAAUUGAAUUGCUCUUGACACUAAAUGAGUAUGACAUAGCACUUGACAUGCCACAACCUGCAACUCUUAAUGAUAAGAGUACUAAAUCUGAAAAAAUGGAAUUUGAAAGAUGGACAAGAGCAAAUAAGGUUUCAUUGUCUAUGUUGGAAAGUGGUAUGACAGAUACUGUGCGAGGAGGAAUAAAGAAGUGUUAUCUAGCAAAAGACUAUCUCAUUGCUAUUGAGAACAAGUUUAAAGAAUCACAGAAGGCUGAAAUCUCUCAGUAUAUGACACUUCUCACAACCUACAAGUUUGAGGGAGGCGGCUCAAUUAGAGACCAUAUCAUGAAGAUGACUGAUGCAGCUGAGAAGUUGAAUUCAUUAGAUAUGAAUAUAUGUGAAAAGCAACUUGUUUUCAUGAUUUUGCAAGCCUUGCCUUUGAAGUUUAGUCAACUGAAGGUUUCUUAUAACACUCAAGACAAAACCUGGACAGUGGAUGAAUUGAUUGCAUAG